AUGUCUCUCUUUGUAAACGGCCUCUUCGGUUCUCUCAUUCUUUCCUACAAGUGCCUGAUGGUUCCGAUACUGGCCUGCUUCACUGGUAACUUGGAUUCCCUGGUGCCGAGUACUCAGGAGAUGGGGCUGGCUGUGCAGACAGGUGGAAGGGGCCGCUGCUUAGUGCUCUUGGCUUUCUCCACAGUGUUCUGCUCUGCUGAGUCCUCCGUCCGGUGGUGCACGAUAUCCGACCUGGAGCAGAGUAAGUGUGUGAAACUGAAGGAGAAAAUGGCCGACGUGAUCCCGGCAUUAGCCUGCGUGAAGAAAGCCAGCCACCUGGACUGCAUAAGUGCCAUUGCGGAGGAUAAUGCAGAUGCCAUCAGUCUGGAUGGCGGUCACAUCUUCGAAGCACACCUCGCCCCGUACAAACUGAAGCCGAUCGUGGCUGAGGCCUACGGCACGGGAAAAGACGCAACCACCAGCUACUACAGUGUGGCCGUAGUGAAGAAAGGAACCGCCUUCACCGUCAGGGACCUGCAAGGGAAGAAAUCCUGCCACACAGGGCUGGACAGGUCUGCCGGCUGGGUGAUUCCCAUUGGGACCCUGGUGAAAAAGGCAAUCUUACCCUGGGACAGAAAAACCCCCAUAACCCACGCUGUGGCCCAGUUUUUCUCAGCCUCCUGCGUCCCUGGUGCCCCCGCAAAUGAACCAAAUCUGUGCGCCUUAUGCCGUGGGUCAUGUUCCCGUACUGGGCCUUAUUCUGGAUAUUCUGGAGCCUUUCAGUGUCUGAAAGACGGAGCCGGAGAAGUCAGCUUUGUCAAGCACACAACUGUUGAAGAAAAUGACCCAAGCGGGAAAGACGAUUACGAGCUGCUGUGUGAAGAUGGCAGCCGGAAGCCGGUCGACCAGUAUGAGACGUGUUACUGGAGCAGAGUUGCAGCUCAUGCCGUCGUGACGCGGAGCACCGCUGAGCGGGCCGAUGACAUCUGGAGCUUCCUCUCUGAGGCCCAGGCCAGGUACGGCAAGGGCACCAAAGAUGACUUCCAGCUCUUCGGCUGGCCUACCGGGAAGGACCUGCUCUUUAAGGACAUCGCUACCGGUUUCGUCCGCCUCCCUGCGAAGAUGGAUGCCCAGCUCUACCUGGGCUACAACUACUGGACCGACAUUCAGACUCUCAGGCCCGACACCCCCGAGCAGUCCAGGAAGGUGAAGUGGUGCACCGUGAGUAAGCACGAGAAGGAGAAGUGUGACGAAUGGAGCGCCGUGAGCGGCGGGAGCGUGGACUGCGCCGUGGAAAGCACCACGGAAGAUUGCAUUGCCAAGAUAAUGAAAGGCGAAGCGGAUGCCAUGUCCCUGGACGGAGGCCAAGUCUACACGGCCGGCGUGUGCGGCUUAGUGCCAGUCAUGGAAGAGUACUACGGGGAUGACAUGACACGAUGCCAGAAAGAAAGCGAACCCACAGAAACGUAUUACGCCGUGGCUGUGGUGAAGAAAUCCGACGCCACCCUCACCUGGGACAACCUGAAGGGGAAGAAGUCCUGUCAUACGGGUGUAGGGAGGACGGCCGGCUGGAACGUCCCCAUGGGUUUGAUUAACAAAAAAACCCCGAACUGUACAUUUGAUCACUACUUCCUGGAAAGCUGCGCUCCCGGCUCUGCACCGGAAUCACCGCUCUGCAAGCUGUGUGUGGGGGACCGUAAGAAUUUUCCAGUAAAUUACGUGUGUGCGGCCAACAGCAACGAGCAAUACUAUGGAUACACUGGAGCCUUCCGGUGCCUGGUUGAGAAGGGGGACGUGGCCUUUGUCAAGCACACGACUGUCAGUGAGAACACCGAUGGACACAAUACCGCCGACUGGGCGCAAAAGCUGAGAAGCGAGCAGUUCGAGUUACUGUGCCCGGAUGGGCGGCGCGCUCCCCCUGCUGAUUACAAGACUUGCUACCUGGCUCAAGUUCCUUCCCAUGCUGUGGUCACACGCGAAGACAAAGCGUCUGCUGUCCGCCGCAUGCUAGUAAACCAACAGGGAUUGUUCGGAAGCAAUGGCAGUCAGAAAGAUAUCUUCCAGAUGUUUCAGUCUGACACCAAGGACCUUUUGUUCAAGGAUUCCACCAAGUGCCUGAUUCAACUCCCCAGUGGAAUAAACUAUAAAGAGUUCCUGAGACAAGAAUAUUUUGAUUCUGUCUCUAGUUUAAGUCAGUGCUCACCAUCAGAACUCCUCCAGGUCUGCAAAUUCAGCGACUUGACGACCUUGGCUUAGCGGGAGCCACCAGGAAAACCUAGAAGCUUCAUUCCUUGUAGCCUUCUCUGCACCAAACUGUAGCUAGCCGAGUCCCUCUGCGGCUGUCUCUUCCCUCCUCCCUCUCCAAGAGGAGUCCAGCCUGUUCUCGUGACUUUUACAACUCCCUGCUGCCACCGGAGCAGCAAAUAAAAUCUGAGUCUAACCACGG